GAACGUCGUGCAUCCAAAUCUAGUCAAAAAAAUGAAACUCUGUACCAGCGUUUUUGUGUUCCUGUUCGUAGCAGCAGUUUCGAGUGCCCCACAGCAAUCCUCCGGGAACACUCCGGUACCGAUAAUUUCGGAAACGUCCAAUCUUCAACCGGAUGGAAGUUUUAGUUUCUCGUUCGAAACCGGUGAUGGAACAAAGGUGCAAGAUGAGGGCGAAAUCAAGACACUACCGGUGUCCAAACCGAACGGAACCGGAACGGAACAGGUGGCGGUGUCGGUGCAGAGAGGAUCUUACUCGUACAAGGCACCGGACGGUACCCCGAUUAGCGUUCAGUGGACAGCUGACGAGAAUGGAUUCCAGGCUCAGGGCGAUCACCUGCCGGUGGCGCCUGGAACGAACCAUUAAGUUAAA